AUGACGCAGGCCGCGUUCCUCAAGCAAAUCGGCGCCAACAGCAACUCGUACCAGCGCUACAUGAAGCUCAAGGGCCCUUACGGCGGGUGCGACAACUCGACGUACUCUGGCUCGCUGCACUUCUUUUACCAACGCGAGAAGAAGGAGAAGAAGGCCAAAGAAGCUGAGAAGGCGGCCAAGAAGGCCGCACCCAAGCGCAAGAAGGCGACGGGCGACGACAGUGAAGACGAGGCACCGCUGGUCGCUUCGAAAAAGGCCAAAACGACCAAGCUCACGGGCGCGGACCGUCUUGCCCAGAUCGAAGCUGUCGAGCUGCCGGAGAACCUUGGCGUCUACGACGACUGCGAUGUGGUGCGCGACUACUUGCAGCAGUUUAUCAUCGCCAAGGAGUGCACGCAAGUGGCACUCGCAGCGCAUUUGAACUUCUCGGUCGCCUCGUUGCGCAAGUACUUGGCGAUGCGCGGAAAGCGCGAAGGCAGCGGCAGCAUCGUGUACAAGGCCGCGUAUUUCUUCUUUGAGAAGCUGCGCCUCCUCGAGAACAAGCCCAAGUCGAACAAGCGACUGAAGAUUGAGAAGACGAUGCCCCAAGGAUAUUCGCUCGAGCGCGAUAGCAAGUACGGCUGGGUCUAUUGUCCGUAA